UGCAUGUGUAUAUUCAUAGGGAUGAGUGUGCGUGUGUGUUUAUAGAUAUGAGUGUGCUCGUAUUGUUAGCCUAUGCCUUUGUGCUAUGUUUCUAAAAAAAAAAGAACAUAUUCUUUUAAUUCAAUCUAUACAAAUUUCAUCUUGAGACGUCACUAAGUCGUCAAACCAAGCCAGCCAUCUCGUUUCUCUUCUCCUUCAACGACAGGACUAACCAACAACGAUACACGCCAUGAUCCGGAAGGGCUCGGCGCGUCUGAGCCCGCGCGCCGUGAGGCAAAUCCACGGCCACCUGGUCGUCGGAGGCAUCGCCGCCGCGCGUCUCCAGCAUCUCCGGGAGCUCCUGCUCUCCUGCGUCGCCACGUUCCGCGGCAGAAUGGGCUACGCCCGCAAGGUGUUCGACGGAAUCCCCCGCCCGGACCUCUUCAUGCACAACGCCAUGGUGCGCGGGUACGCGCACGCCGGCGCGCCCGGAGAUGCGUUCGCGGUGUACCGGCGGAUGACGGAGGCUUCCCGCCUGCGGCCCGACGCGUUCACCUUCUGCUACCUGCUGCGGGCGUGCGCCGGCCUGCCGGGUUCUCGCGCCGGGCGCCAGGUCCAUGGCGCGGUCGUGAAGCUGGGAUUCUUGAAGGACGCCUACGUGAGGAAUGCGCUCAUCAACAUGUUUGCCAAGUGCGGGGAUCUGAGGGUUGCCAGCGUGCUCCUUGACGAGGCCGGCGAGGGGGAUGUUGUGGCGUGGUCGGCUGUGAUAGCGGGGCAUGCGGCGAGAGGUGACAUGGCUGCUGCACGGAAGAUGUUUGAUGAAUGUACGCACAAGGACAUAGUUUGUUGGAACGUGAUGCUGGGCGCAUAUGCAAAGCAUGGAGAGAUGGAGAAUGCGAGGGAGCUGUUCGACCGUGCGCCUGAAAAGGAUGUGGUUUCGUGGAACACCAUAAUCACUGGGUACGCCGCGCAAGGGAUGCUGAAACAUGCGUUGGAGGUGUUCGAUGAGAUGAGGGCAGCAGGGUGGACACCUGAUGAAGCGACUAUUGUUAGCUUGUUGUCAUGCUGCGCGAACACGGGGUUGCUCGACGCAGGGAGGAUGAUACAUCAUCAGUUGCACUUGGAACGGCGGCCAUGGAUAAGCAUUGUUGUUGGAAAUGCAUUGGUAUCAAUGUAUGCAAAGUGUGGCGAUUUACAUACUGCAGUCGAAGGCUUUAACACGAUGAAGGAUACGGAUGUUUGGACAUGGAACUCAGUCAUAGGAGGACUGGCCUUCCAUGGACAAGCAGAACAAUCUGUCCGAUUCUUCAAGAAAAUGCUCGAGAAGAGAAUACACCCAAAUGAGAUUUCUUUCCUAUGUGUACUUGGUGCAUGCAGCCAUGCUGGAUUAGUUGAAGAUGGUCAGAAAUUUUUCUAUCUGAUGAAAGACAGGUAUGGAAUUGAGCCCAAUGCGAGGCAUUACAGUUGCAUAGUAGACAUGCUUGGGCGUGCAGGCUUACUAGAUGAAGCAUAUGCGAUUGUGAGCAACAUGAGGUGUGAACCAAGUGCGGUCGUAUGGAGGACAUUGCUUGGGGCCUGCAGAACCCAUGGCAAUAUGACCCUAGGCAAGCUUGUGAGGGAGAAGCUUCUAAACAUGAAUGAAGAUGCAAGUGCUGACUAUGUUCUGCUCUCGGGAAUUUAUGCCUCAUCUGGUGAAUGGUUGGGGGUGGAGACAGAGCGGAGGUCAAUGGAUAGAAGAGGGAUAAGAAAAGCUGCUGGUUAUGCUCAAAUUGACCGUAAACCUGCUGGUCUUUCUGCACCGUGAUUACUGUAUAUUAUAUGGAGUUGCAUGCAAACAGUACAUCAAAUUCAAAACUACCGAACAAAGUAUCGUCAGCAAUGAACAUGAAUGAGGAUGAGAGUAGCAACUACAUGCUGCUCUGGUAUUUACACAUCAAAGGGUGGAGACGGAGCAGAGGUUAACAGAUAUUCAGGAUGACAGAAUAAACUAAGUGUUCAACACUGAUAUGAAGUGAAGUGGAUAAUCUCACUGCAUCAAAGAAGAAGAUAACUUGCUAUUCAUAAGAUCCCGUGACUUGGUUGUUUAUACCAUGUAUGAUCAAGCAUAUUCAAAACCUCUGAAUCAUGGUCUGAUGAGCACUUAGCACCAUCACUGGCUCACUGCCACUUAGCAGCAUUCAUAUAUGAAGUGUACAAUCAAGGGGAUACACAAGAUAGAAGAGGUUGAUAGCAAGAGAAAAAUAGGCACACAGAUUAUUACAUAGGCAAGUAAGUGCAAGAACCUCGCCAUAAUAUGAUACUUCACACUACAGGAAGC